UGUCGCUAAAUGCAGCCGGGCUGAGGGACGGUCCCACAGCCGCUCCCAGAGCCGCGACCAUGGCAGGUGAGAACUACCCUGGUUUCCUUCCACCCUUCGAGCGCUUCGCCACCCAUGCCAUCCACGUCGGGCAGGAGCCCGAGCAGUGGAGUUCCUUGGCCGUGGUGCCGCCCAUCACGCUCACCACCGUAUUCGAGCAGCGGGCGCCCGGGAAGAACGAGGGUUAUAAAUACAUCCGGUGUGGGAACCCCACUCGGGAUUGCCUGGAAAAGGCUGCAGCCGCCCUCGAUGGAGCCAAAUACUGCUUGGCUUUUUCCUCUGGCAUAGGAGCAAUUCUGAACAUCUGUCACCUGCUGAAGACAGGGGACAAAAUUGUCUGCACAGUUGAUGUCUAUGGAGGUGGGUACAGCACCCUGUGGCUUCAGCCUUCAUUGUGCAAGGGAUCAAACCCGCCUGUGGCUCUCAGGAGCUCUGAAUUCCCAUGUAGGACCUCACUGUUCUUUGAAGCCUGUUUUUAUCAAUGCCCCUUCCACUCACCUCCCCAGUGGCAGAGUGCAGCCAGCUCUGGCAGAGUCCUGCUGGUUUGGCUCGAGACCCCCACCAACCCCACGCUGAAGGUGAUCGACAUCCGAGCCUGUGCAGACGUGGCACACAGGAAGCAGAAGGAAGUGCUGGUGGCAGUGGACAACACCUUCAUGUCUCCGUAUUUCCAGGUGUUUACCCUGGCUUUUAGCCUGGGUGGCUACGAGAGCCUGGCAGAGCAUCCGGCCAUCAUGACCCACGCCUCAGUGCCUGAGAAGGAAAGGGAAGCUCUGGGAAUCACUGACACCUUGAUCCGCCUCUCGGUGGGGCUGGAGGAUGAGGAGGCUUUGAUCGAAGACCUGGACCAGGCCCUGGAGGCUGCGGCUUCCAUGAGGACAGAUGAACGUAAAAGGAAUUGUCUCUCUUGGACACGCAGGGAAGAGCAGAAACAGAGCCAUUCCAGCCACAAGCCGUGUGCUCCGUUCCCAGGCUCCGUGUCAAAGCCUUGGGCUGCUUUUGGGGAGGGAUUUCAUGCAAGCAAAGAGCUCUCAACUCAUUUCUGCAGCAUCUUGGACCAGGAAAUGGGAAGUUUGUAUUCAAAAUCUCGGGACGCCGCCAUUCGAGAUUGCACAACAAACACUUGGCUGAAGGGGGAAAUGCCCCAGGAUGUCACAUGGAGCUGCUCCUGCUUGUUCCCAGGUGUUUGUCCACGCUGUUGCCUUUUCCAAAGGUUUCUUCUGGACUCACUUUGGUUCCUGACACCAAAUCUCCCGUGAGGCACAGGCAGCAAUGCCCAGGAGCUCCAGCUGGAGCCGUGCCUUUGCCAGCAGCCACAGCUCUGCAUUCCCAGAAGUGCUGCCUGCAUCCAGCGUGGAUUCUCUGGGAGAUCUUGCCAGGAGUUCCAGGCCUUCUCCUUCCCCCCAUGCUGGUGCCAGCAGAGCCCUCCUUCCCCCUCCAGCCCCCGAUGGAGCAAAGCAGAAGGUGAAGGACCAGAGCAUUUGUGGGGCUCGGCUCCACCUCAGCACUGCUCAGGAGAAAAGAGGAAUGUGGAAGAGGAGUUUUGCUGCCCCAGGCUCUGGGCUGGGCUGGAGGGGAGCUGGCAGGAGCAGCUGGGCUGGGUUUGUGGUGGCAGGAUCAUGAGCAGCAGUGGAUUGAGCCCAGGCUGGGCACUGCCAUCCCACAGGAACAGCCUGGCCCUGUCCCAGCCUGCCCAGGGGGCCUGAGAUGUUCAGAGACUUGUUCCAGCUGGCCAAACUCAGCUCACUUCUGAUCCCAAAUCCUGAAUUCACUUCCUUUCUCCUGUUGUAUCAGAAACCCACCUUGCAUCUGUCUGUGACUUGCUCCUUUUCCCUCAGAAACAAAUUCCUUUCCAGCCUGGCCACAGGGCUCAGGAUAAUCAAUGGAAGCUCCCCUGAGACUCCAAGAAACAAAUGCUUGCAUUUACAGCAAA